AUGGAGGAUGGAGGCGAAUCAGGUUUUAUAUCUCAGCUUUAUAUAUACAAGUGCACUACAGCUUGUGCUGUUUGUCAUGUUCUUGAAGGUGUUCGAGGUACAAUUCAAGAUGAUUUCAUACAGUUGGAGAAAGCCACCAACACUAAUUAUGCAGGAGUAAUUCUCAACCAAUCUGAAAAUUUUACAACUGAUUUCCAUUCAGUUAGUAGCUAUAUUAGUAUUUUUAAUCCAAAAGUUGAUACGACCCAAACAAGUGCUGCAGCUAUGAUGAUUGCUAAUAGAUCUCCGAAUAAUUUGAAUACAAUUAUCGUUGGAUGGCAUGUGGAUCCUGAAAUGUACAAGGAUAAUAAAACUCAUCUUUUUACAUAUUGGUCGAGUGAUAAGAAAGGAUGCUAUAAUUUACAAUGUCCUGGUUUUGUUCAAAUUGACGAUUCUUUCACCUUCGGUCAAAUACUUAAUAACACAUCAACCAUUGAUGGACCGACAAACGAGCUUCCAUUAGUUAUUUUACAGAAUCCUAAAACAAAAGAUUGGUUGAUUGGUAUUGGAAAAGUAAUAGGAUACUAUCCAGCAUCUUUAUUCUCCAACAUGUCAUCAGCUAAUCAAGUGGGAUGGAUAGGUAAAACAACAAAUGAUUUGAAUACCCCUAACCCUCCUAUGGGAUCUGGAGCACUGCCUAAUGGUGUGUUGGGCCAUGCAGCUUAUUUUAAGUAUCCUACAUUUAAUUUAAAAGGACUUGAGACAGGCUUGGGUCAAAUCCAAAGUUCAAACUCUGGAUAUUAUAAUGCUUCAUACUAUAAUGAUAGUCAAGGUUUACUAUAUAUCCAAUUUGGAGGACCAGGGGGGAAAGUGUAA